AACACUACUGAAAACAAUGAAAACAUUACCGAAGAAAAAACUACUAUAAGUCUAUAACACCCCAAAACGCUACUACUGGCUAACAAAAAAUCAAAUGCUUAUUACAAUGAGAACCACAACUAAUACAUUUAAUCAGUAUUACAAAAUAUGAAACACUACUACAAAAUUACUACCGAUCAAAUCAAUACACUCCUCAUGCAAUCAAAAAGACUACAGACCCUCCAUAAUCCAUAUAUCCUGCAGUUAGUCCUACUCCGAUGAUGUUGUGGAGUACAAUAGAUCUGGCUUCCACCACUAUUUUCCCUCGCCGCCGCGGGAGGAAACGACAGAUCUAUGUUAUUAGUGAAUAGAUCUAGACCUAGAGCUGCUCGUAAACUCUCCAGAUCGUCAUUGGCGGUAAUGGUGAGACGGUGCCCGACUUCCAAUAAGGUGAACCCGACAACCACCCUCAUAUCACAAGUUGUCGUUGUCGCCGCCGCUCGCCUUCUCUGUCGUCGUCGACGCGACGAGACCAUGUCGCCACUGGAGAAAAAAGUGAGUCUCCAGAUCUUACCCUUCCUAUGCCGACUCCAUCGCCAUCUACGCCCUCGCUACCUGCCUCCUCAAUCGUCAUCGACGCCCUUGGCGCCUGCCUCCUCCAUCGCCAUCGAUGACCUGUGACCAUGGUGCUGCCGAAGGAGAAAGAGAGAAUCUAGUUGGGAAGUUGGGAGGGUUUUUGAAAGGUGAGUGGAGAGGAACGGUUUCAGAAGUAGGCGGCCAAAACAACAAAUAUAUAUUAGGGUUUGUGGUGUGUGAAAUAAAUAUUGACAUAAUUG